CUCCCGUUCACUUCUAAUGAGGCCAACAUAACUUUUAAAAGCAAGUCUUGAUUUUAUGGUAACGGGUUCGUUAAUGUUAUCACCCGGUUACACGUCACAUGAAUAAAAAAAAGCCCUGCUGGCGACUGGAUUCCCUCUGACACGACCACUCUUCUCCCUCUGCAGUGAUCUGGUUGUAAGGCCUCGUUUAAAGAUACAAUUUGCACUGAGAUGGAAAUGCAGCUGCCACCUCAUGAGGGGGACGAGCUCUCUGUGGUCGACAUGCACACGGGUGGAGAGCCUUUGCGGAUCAUCCUUGGCGGCUACCCAGAGGUCAAAGGUGACAGUGUGCUGUCCAAACGCCGUUAUGUGCGGGAACAUCUGGACCACCUCAGGAGGAUGCUGAUGUAUGAACCACGGGGACACUACGACAUGUACGGAGCCCUGAUCGUGGACAGCGAGAUCCCUGAGGCUCAUGUGGGGGUGCUGUUCAUGCACAACGAGGGCUACAGCACCAUGUGUGGACACGCCGUCAUUGCACUGGGACGCUUCGCAGUGGACUACAGACUGGUGAAAGAACCACAGUCACCAGAGACACAAGUGAACAUACACUGUCCCUGCGGUCUGGUCAAGGCAUUUGUUGAGUAUUCUAAUGGUAAAACAGGGGGAGUGAGGUUCCUCAGCGUGCCAGCGUUUGCAUUUGCUACAGAUGUGACGGUGACAGUGGAAGGAUUUGGCGAUGUGACCGUUGACGUUGGCUACGGAGGAGCCUUCUACGCCUUUGUAGACGCCCAGAGGUUUGGCCUGGAUGUGACCAAGUCCAGGACUCGAGAUCUGGUAGACGCAGCCACAGCAGUGACCAAUGCUGUCAGAUCUCAGGUGAAGUUGAACCACCCAAUCAGUGAUGAUCUGGCUUUCCUCUAUGGCACCAUCCUCACAGACGGAAAAGACGACUUUUCCUCUGAUGCCACAUCCAAUAUCUGUGUGUUUGCUGAAGCUCAGGUGGAUCGAAGCCCCACUGGUUCUGGUGUUACAGCUCGAGUGGCUCUUCAAUACCACAAAGGACUUAUCCAGCUGAACCAGACCAGGACGUUUCAGAGCGGAGUUACUGGAUCCCAGUUCACAGGAAAAGCUGUCGAGGAGACCAAGUGUGGAGACUUCCGGGCUGUAGUGGUGGAAGUUGCUGGCAGAGCUUUCUACACCGGAGUUUCAUGCUUUGUACAGGAGCCAGAUGAUGAGCUGACGUGUGGUUUUCUGCUGAAGUGAGCCUCAGUUAAAAGUGUUGAUUUCUAACAUGAUUAUACAUUAAAAGUAUUUUGAACAUUAGUACUCCAAAGUGUUUCUGUAGCUGCAGACGUUGUACCAGCUUUAAGCCCUCCAAGAAGAGAAUUGGACCUUUAAUAAACUGUU